AUGUCGUCCAGACUUCGGUCUAAGAAAACGCGUCUACGCAACUUGAUGACGUCUUUCAACGGUAUUUACCUGCUGAUGGAGCAGUAUGAUCCAGAGCAACAUUGGUGUGAGCUGGCUUCGCGGUUGGAGAAGCUGGAGCCGCUGUGGGAACAAAUCAAUGAAGCGAUGACGGAGACGGAGAUGGUCGACAGCGAGGAAGGUUCAUCGGAAGAACGGUAUGUUAAGGAACGAAUUGAAUUCCAGAAUAAAUUCUUUGCUGUGAAGGCAUUCCUGCAAAAUAAACUUCGAGAGUGUUCCGAUCGCAACGCCGCGCUGCCCCAGGUUCUCGAGUCCAGCGUAAUUACCAGCUCGCAUCCUCACCCUCAUGUAAAACUACCGAUGAUAAGUCUACCGAAAUUUUCCGGAAACAUUGAGGAGUGGUUAGCUUUUCGCGACCUCUACGUGUCAUUGAUCCACUUAUCUUCAGACCUUCCCGAAAUAGAGAAGUUUCAUUAUCUACGGAGUCAACUAGAAGGGGAAGCAUUGACACUGAUUUCAUCCCUCGCUAUAACCCAAGCGAACUACGAGGUCGCGUGGAAUUUAUUGGUAAAACGGUACUCAAAUAGUAAGUUGCUCAAGAAAAAGCAAGUCCAGAAACUUUUCGAACUGCCUACGGUUAAAAGGGAAUCGGUCGUGGAACUUCAAAGGUUGGUUGAUGGAUUUGAAAAGGCGACUAAAGUGCUGGAUCAGGUGGUAGAGGCAGCAAAUUAUAAGGACCUAUUAUUGAUCCAUUUGCUUUGUUCACGGUUAGAUGACAAAACUCGACGCUGCUGGGAGGAAUAUUCUUCGUCAUUGGAAGAGGAGAGUGUUAAGGAUAUUGUGGAAUUCCUUCAACGUCGGGUUCGGAUUCUGGAAUCACUCCCUUGUAAACAACCGGAAUCAUACCCACCGAUGGUUAGGAAGGUCCAAUCGUUAAAGCUUGCUAGUCAUAGCACCAUUCAAACUACCCCGAAGAAAUGUUUUUCGUGUGCGGACUCGCAUCCUUUGUACAUCUGUCCUAAAUUUGCCAGGCUCUCAGUUAGCGAGAGGGAAAAUUUACUUCGACAAAAUUCACUGUGCAGAAACUGCUUUCGAAAAGGACAUCAGGCUCGUGAAUGCUCAUCGAAAUUCUCAUGUCGUCGAUGUAAACAGCGUCAUCAUACCUUGGUUUGCUAUAAACCGGAAGAUACACAUGGCAAUCAACAACCAAGUACCUCAAUCCAAUCAACCGUUCAGGGUGGCAGUUCUAAUACGGAAGACCAUACAAUCAUCCCAUCUCAUACCAAUUCGUUAAUGGUUAGCAGUACCAUAAACAGGAAGACGAAAAGGGUGCUUUUGGCGACAGCAAUCGUUAUGGUCGAGGACGAUUUUGGAAACCAAUUCCCGGGAAAGCACGAAAAAUAUUAA